CAAUCGCACGUUCUUAGCUUCUCUGACACACAUAACCAACCUUGGAACCUAGGCGACUCCACCGAAACCACUUCCCCCCCUCCUACCUCCUCGUCACUCCCAUCUUUCCUACUCUUCACUCUCUCAUUUCCUGACCUCGACAACCUCGACAACUCCGGCCACCUGUGAAAUCUGUACAAUAUCACCGCGUCAUUCAUUUUCCAUCAAAUCCGCAUACCCUAAGCUUUCGAUUCACUGUGCCGUAAAACUGCGAACCAUCCGAUAAUCUCGAGGCGCUGUCUCGACACUCAAGGCUCGGCUGCUACCAAGUAUUGUCCUCCGCCGGCUUCUAGAACCGGACAAAAUGACGACCAUCAAUAACUCUAGUGUUGAUGAUGAUGAAGUUGUAACCAUCAACUUGAUCUUACGACCUAUUGAUUUAGAACCCUCUGUACAUAAGCGUGAAUUUACCCUCAGUCGCCAGAGGCCUUCUAUCCGAAUCGGUCGAGCGUCUAAAGUCCCAGCUAAGGGCUUCGUUGCCGCGGUAGACAAUGCUUGGUUUGAUAGUCCAGUCAUGUCUCGACAACAUGCUGAACUCAUUUUCGAUUACGAAUGCACCCCGAAGGGCGUGUUCAUUAAAGAUAUCGGGUCUCUUCAUGGGACUUUUCAUACUCCCUGUAAUGGAACUGGGAAAGAAUCAAGACUGGAACAGCACAACCUAGCCAGAUUAGCAAGUGGUGACUUGCUCCGGUUUGGUACCGAUAUCUUUAGAUCAGCAUCGACAUUCCCUCCAUGCACGGUCGAGUUUUAUACAGUCAGACAAAACCCUCAGAUACCUCAACCCAUCCCGACUAUCAGCCUGUCUACUCGAGUAUUCACUAUCCCAGAUGAUAUCGAUGAUGAUGAUGACGAUGAUAGUGUAAUUGAGACUGCCCUACCACCGACACGGAAGAGCAAUAUUCAACGUGGUCUAUCAAUCGACUUAACUCGAGAUGAUACCGAUGAGGCUGACGACCACACUGCUCACAAUAAUCUUAAUUCCGAUGUCAUUGACCUAACCUCUGAGCCUGAUGAGCAUUCGGACCAUGAGCUAACUGUGCCGAGUAAUCGUCACUCUCCUGCCUUUUCUUCAACCGCUGGUCCAUUCAUCCCUAGUAUCGUCCCUCCUGGAGCUAGUAGCUUUAAGGUCAAUGGCUAUGUGCCGGACUUGCCGACGACCACAUAUCAUUCUCCCCGGCUUGCAGGUCUUGAUGAUGUCCCGGAUCAGUUCUCCGAUCACAGCCAUAACCCUGAUCCCUAUCACGAACAAAGCGACGAGGAAAUGGAUAGUGAUGAUAUCCGAUUGACAGAUUCGGAUAAUGAUUCGGUUGUAACUAGAGAUUCACUUGAUGGAUUGAAUGCUAUGAGCGAAGAAACAGACGAAGACGAAGACGACGGCGGCUCUUCAAGCUCUGUUUCUUAUGAUUAUGGCUGGGAAGCCGAGUCUUCAUCUUCCAGCCAGAAUGAUAGUGAUAAUGGAAGACGCGCUCUUUGGGAGGGUGACUAUGAGAGCACUGACGACUUGCCGUACUCUGAAAAUGGUGCUUCAUCGUCGAGUGAGGAUUCUGUAGACUCGGCGUUGAAUGCGAGCUCACCGGUACUUGGCUCGCUUGAGAAUCCGGUAUCUAAGACGGAUGCAAUUACCGUGGCCGCCCCCACCGAAGCUUCUGAUGCGAAGUCAUCAUUUGUCACGCCGUUCCUAUUUGCUGCACCUACACAGCAAGGCACGCCGGUGACUCAUCCUCGAGAACCAAGUCCAUCGGAUGCUGCAAUGUUCAAAAGCCACCCCAUGAUUGACCGUGCACCUAAUGAUUCUAGGGCUCAGGCUCUAGGAGAGAAGUCGGGAAAGUACGAAUUCUUCGCAGCCAGAGAGAGCAAUCGUACGACUCUCGUGGACCAACUCCCCCCACCACCAAUUUCGGCGAUUAGAGAAACCCUAGUGGAAGAUAUUGAUCAUCAGGCUGGUGGUGUGGCGGUCGACCAAGAUCCGCUUUCGACCUUCCGCGAGGCUCUAAUUGCUCGCAUUGGUGACAACCAAGCAAAGUCUACGGAGAAGGGUGUCGAUAUUAUCACUGCACCUAAUGUCUCUCCCCCAUACGAUACCAACUAUCCUCUUUUCGGCGAUGUCCAAAUGCAGGAACCCGGAUGGGCUAAACCAGACUUUUCAUACCCGGCAUGGUCGUUGUCUGGGGAAAGAUUCAUCAAUAAUCCUCCAACUGAGGAUCUCCCCAACCAACGUUCUGAACGACCUCAGAGUCCAGAACUUGAUAUGACUAGUGCAUAUACAUUCCAGUUAAGCAAGAUGGCAACCGAAAAUCGCACUAGCCAACAACCCAGACGCGUUGGGAUUCAAGAUCUCCUUGUGCAAGAGGCUAACAGGCUUGAGAUGCUCCGUGACGAACAGCCAGCUGACCCUAUGCAAGUCGUCUCUAUGCCAGCCACAUCUACCUCACCAUCAGCCGCCCCGGUACCCCAUCAGGAAUUGCAGGAACAUAACUUGAAGCGAUCCUUUGAUGAUGCUUUCAGUGAUGAACCCAUUCUACCAGAACUAAACGGUACCAUAAGUGAGGCGAACGUCAAGCCAAGCGACAAGUCUGACACGGAGCCCACGAGCAAGGAACAGGAAAUUUCCACCGCAACUGAAGAUAUGCCUAGCGAUAUCCCAGUUUGUCAGGUUACUCCUCCUCAGAGUGAGGUACAGGUAGAUCCCAUCGCUGUUUCUAUACGACCAGAGUAUUUCCAACCAUCGAAGAGACGUCGCUUCGCGCAAGCAGCAGCCUGUGUCGCUCUCGGAGGUGCUGCCGCAUUCACCUUCAUGGUCUCUACCGCGCCGGUCCUAUAAUGGCUUCUUAUUGCUUGACAAAUGGAGUAACGGUCGUGGACUCGAUUUAAGGUGUCUAUUACGGGUAGGUCUGGUGGUGGUUGUUGUGUAACUCGUAACUUACGGGGGUAUGUAGGUCAA